AGGAGGCCAAGAGAGGGAGUGGGGUUCGCAUCCCCCAGUAUACUAAUACACAGGCCUGGCAGCUUUCAGACACCUCUGUCCUCCUCCUUGUGUUGUGUGCCAUACAAAACACACACAUUUGGACCGCAGAAUUUCAACAGAAUCCCCCCCGGAUCAUAACAGCAAGUCCCGUCCCCUGCGGGUCUCAGUUCGGGACGUGGAAGCAGCGUCGACUAACCAAUCCGACCACGGCAGACGCGAUAGGCUACACCAUUCCUAUCGGACGAGGAUUUUGGACGCUUAAAUAUGGCCAUGCUUCAAAAGGGAAAUUUUGUUCAAUCUUUUUAUUUGACUAAAUGUACAACUAAUAACUAAGUGCAGUUGUUGGUAUGUAUCCACGACGCUAGGUGUUUCUGAAGGCAAAAAAAGGACAUUGGUAACAUGCUUGAGGUCCUCCCCGCAUGCGUAUUACAGGGGCGAAAUGAAGAUAUCAGUAGAAUAUAUCUAAUCCGUACGGGUUUUAUAGGGACAGCCGUGCACAGCCUACUCCUGCAAGUGUUUGUUUUCAUUGCACGGUGAAAAAUACUAGCGCUGUGCGGCUUUUGUUCGAGUGAAAGAGAGAGAGGGACGACUGCGGAUCUGGAUCAACUUUUGAAGAGUUUAAUGUACAAUAACCUUUGCAUAACAACAAUUUUUUUCUUCUUCCGAGUGUUGCCUCAGGCAACUGCGCAUGCGCCCUGGCUUCUCGCUGUCACUAAAGCAUUUUUCUUCGCGUUGGAAACUGUCACAAGUGACGUCUAUCACCGGGCUCUGACCAAUUAGAGCGCAGGGUGAUUGUUCGGCUCCGCGGGCUGCUGCGCCUACCAUGAAUCUCUAUUCAGUAUCAAAGCGUCCUGCUGCUGCUUCUCAACCGAAUGGGAUUCCAUGUAGUUUCCAGAUAGAAUCUUAACUUCAGAAAGUUUUUUUUCUUAUAUUUUUCAUUACGAUUAAAAUAUAUUUGUCAUCAUCAUUAUUAUUUGGCCUGCUGUCACGUUAUUCUAAAAUUAGGAAUAAUGAGCGUGGAUGCUUUGGGAAGCCCUGUGAUGGACCCUACGUUUUCCAAACGGAACACGGCUCUGAGAUUAGUUGACUUGGCAGGGGCUCACCACCACCACCAUCAUCACCACCAUACCCCUCAGAGCGUGACAGGCUUCCCGGGGUUUAGCAGCCAUCCACACUCAAUGGCUCACGCGCACCCUGGGGAGAUUACUGCGGAACCCCGCCUGGGGCCGAGCCCAUUCGGGCCAGAACACAUGGGGCACUCCGCGGCCCUCAAAAUCAGCCCAGCCCAUCAUUAUCCCCACCACCAUCACCACCACAAUCAUCAUAUGGCAGGCCACAGUGAAGUGGUCUCCAGUCAAACGGGAGCUUUUGGCCCGGUGCACGCGACAACGGUCCCCUAUUCUAUGUCUCACACGGCCCAGACGUUAUCGGCAGGUAGGGACUUCCUCAUCCGAAGAGACCUGGCAGCUCAAGCGAUGCCCGUGCUGACCGACCAGUCUGCCGGUUCAACUUCUCACCACGGAAUGUUUGUCCCAACAACAGGUAGCUAUCCGGGACACUAUGGCCACCAUCACCCCGACGCCGCGAACCACAGCCUUUUCUCCGGACUCCACCAUGACCAGCCACCGCCGAGCGCAUCACCGGGGGUCCAAGCCCUGAACGGACAAAUACGCUUGGGAAUACCUGGAGAAAUGUACGUGCGAUCCGACCACCUGAGCCAAGUGGCGAGCUCCAGGGCUGAUCCGUUCUCUGCGUCCUCGUUGCAUGGCUAUGGUGGACUGAAUCUGAACAUGAACCUCGGCGCGCACCACCACCACCACCACCACGGAGCGGGUGCGUUUUUCCGGUACAUGAGGCAGCCGAUAAAGCAAGAGCUGAUCUGCAAGUGGCUCGAGCCGGAACAUUCGCCGAAGAAACUUUGCUCGAAAACUUACAGCACUAUGCACGAACUGGUGACCCACGUGACGGUUGAGCACGUCGGAGGACCCGAGCAUGCCAACCAUAUCUGUUUUUGGGAAGAGUGUCCCAGAGAAGGGAAACCAUUUAAAGCCAAGUAUAAACUUGUAAAUCACAUUCGCGUGCACACCGGGGAGAAGCCGUUCCCGUGCCCGUUUCCUGGCUGUGGGAAAGUGUUCGCGAGAUCAGAGAAUCUAAAGAUUCAUAAAAGGACACAUACAGGUGAGAAACCCUUCAAGUGUGAAUUUGACGGAUGUGACCGACGGUUCGCCAACAGCAGUGACCGGAAGAAGCACUCCCACGUGCACACUAGCGAUAAGCCCUACAACUGCAAAGUGCGAGGUUGUGAUAAGUCGUACACGCACCCAAGCUCGCUGAGGAAACACAUGAAGGUGCACUGCAAGUCCCCGCCGCCCAGCUCGGGCUACGAGUCCUCCACGCCGUCGCUCGUGUCCCCCUCGUCAGACUUGGGCCGCGAGCCAGGGGGGGCCUCGGCCCUCACAGAAGCGGUGGCGUCGUCCCAACCCGCCAAUUUAAGCGAGUGGUAUGUUUGUCAUAGUUCGGGUGCCAGCGGCGCGCACACACCACCCAGUGGUUCCUCCACACCUGACCCUGAGGAUGAGUCCCGCUACAGAAAUAACCCCGACGACAGAGGCGCCAGGGACGCGUUCUGAGCGGGUCGUUGGGCUCGAGCCUCGUCCCGGUGCUGCACCACGACAAAAAAAUAAAAACGAUAAAACGUAUUUCAAAAAGCUGAACUAUUUCAAAUGGUUUGGCUCAGUGCCUAUAUGCCCUUGAAGGCCUACUGGUUCACAUGUGGAGAAUUGAGGAUCGUAAAAUUGGUAUUCUAGUGAGCCUGCAGCUUUAUUGUAGGUUAAGCAUGAUGCUAUACAAUUAUUUUGUAAAUGAGUUUUGACUCCAAUAUCUUUAAUUUAUUUUUCAAUUUGAAAUGAAUUUUUUUGUAUUCAUCGUACCAAAGUGCUCCAACAAUAGGCCAUAUGUACAUUUGUAAAUUUUGAUGUUUUAACGUUGGACAGUUAGAAAAAAAAAACUGUCGUAAAAGAGUUUCUAAUUAUUUACUACAGUUAUUUGUACAAUGUUUUUUCAACAUUUUUAUUUUCAUUUGUGCGGAUGGUUCAUUUUAAAAUAUUUCACAAGCCUGCAGUAUUUGAUAAUGUAAAUGUUUUAUGAAGGUGGCCAUUUUGUGUUUUUGUAUAAUUGUUGUCAAUUGUUUGAUUCUAAAAUGUGAACUCGAGUGGCCCUCGAAAAUAUGUGUAGGCCUACCGAACUGCCUUGUAAGUUGUGAGUAUUUUGAAUAAAUCUUUGAAUAAAUCUAAAAUGUAUACUCUU